AUGCUGACAAAGUUCGAAACAAAGUCAGCUAGGGUGAAAGGGAUAUCGUUUCACGCGAAGCGACCGUGGGUUUUGACGAGUCUACAUAAUGGUGUAAUUCAACUUUGGGAUUAUCGUAUGUGUACAUUGCUGGAGAAAUUUGACGAACACGAUGGUCCCGUCCGCGGUAUCUGCUUCCACAUUCAACAGCCACUCUUCGUUUCCGGCGGUGACGAUUAUAAAAUAAAGGUUUGGAAUUACAAGCAAAGAAGAUGCCUUUUCACCCUACUUGGUCACUUGGAUUACAUUCGCACAACUUUCUUUCAUCAUGAGUACCCUUGGAUUUUAAGUGCUUCAGAUGAUCAGACAAUAAGAAUAUGGAACUGGCAAUCCCGUCAAUGCAUCAGUGUACUGACUGGGCACAAUCACUAUGUAAUGUGCGCACAGUUUCAUCCGACCGAAGAUCUUCUAGUGUCAGCUUCAUUGGAUCAAUCUGUGAGGGUUUGGGACUUCUCGGGACUGAGGAAGAAAAGUGUGGCCCCGGGACCCACAGGCCUAGCUGAUCAUCUCAGGAAUCCACAAGCUACAGACCUCUUCGGACAGGCGGAUGCAGUUGUAAAGCAUGUGUUAGAAGGUCAUGAUCGUGGAGUGAAUUGGGCGUCCUUCCAUCCAAACCUGCCGCUCAUAGUGUCCGCAGCUGAUGAUAGACAAGUCAAACUGUGGAGGAUGAAUGAUGCUAAGGCUUGGGAAGUAGACACGUGUCGUGGACAUUACAACAACGUAUCAUGUGCCUUAUUCCACGCAAGACAUGAGUUGAUUCUGUCAAAUAGUGAAGAUAAAUCCAUUAGGGUCUGGGAUAUGACGAAACGAGUCUGUCUACACACAUUCAGGAGAGAACAUGAACGCUAUUGGGUGCUAUCAUCACAUCCAACCCUGAAUCUAUUUGCCGCUGGUCAUGACGCUGGUAUGAUAUUGUUCAAGCUACAACGAGAAAGACCAGCAUAUGCCAUACAUAAUAAUAUGCUUUUCUAUAUAAAGGACAGACAGCUUCGUAAACUGGAUAUGUCAACUAACAGAGAUGCUCCUGUUAUGCAGAUUAAAGGUGGAGGAAGACAUCAACCUUACAGUAUGUCAUUAAACCACGCUGAAUGGUGCGUGCUUGUAUCGUGGCGUGUUGGUGACACACACACAUACGAACUAUACAACGUAUCAAGAGACGGCGAGACGGCAAGUACCGCUGAACCAAUGAGGGGUCAUGCUACUACAGCUGUUUGGGUCGCUAGGAAUAGAUUUGCUGUGUUAGAGAAGAAUAAUCAGCUGAUAAUAAAGAAUCUGAAGAACGAGGUUUCCAAGAAGAUAGCUACUCCGACGUGUGAAGAGAUCAUGUACGCUGGUACCGGGAUGUUAUUAUUGAGAGAGGCUGAUGCUGUACAGCUUCUAGACGUACAACAGAAAAGAACCGUCGCCAGUGUGAAAGUAUCUAAAUGCCGUUAUGCUAUUUGGAAUUCGGAUAUGUCUCUAGUAGCGCUACUUGGAAAGCAUACGGUGACUAUAUGUACUAAGAAGUUAGAACAGUUAUGUUCUAUCACUGAAGGGGCGCGAGUAAAAUCAGGAGCUUUUGAUGAUUCAAAUUCACACCCGGUCUUUAUUUACACUACAGCCAAUCAUAUCAAAUAUUGCUGCAAAGAAGGAGAUCAUGGUAUUAUUCGUACGUUGGAUGUGCCGGUGUAUGCGGUGAAAGUGAUAGCGAACGAAGCCGGGGCGAGAGUUGUAUGUCUAGAUAGAGAGGCCCGACCUAAAGUACUCAACAUUGAUCCCACAGAAUACAGAUUCAAGCUGGCUCUGGUGACCCGUCAAUACGACCAAGUUCUUCAUAUGGUGAGAACAGCUAAGCUGGUCGGACAGAGCAUCAUAGCUUACUUACAAGACAAAGGUUAUCCGGAAGUAGCUCUUCAUUUCGUGAAGGAUGCUCGAACAAGAUUGGAAUUAUCCUUACAGUGUGGUAAUAUAGAAGUGGCGUUAGAAGCUGCUAAGAGUUUAGACGACCCCGAUGCUUGGGAGAAACUGGCUGAUGCUGCAAGGAAUGCUGGCAAUCAUCAGAUUGUAGAAAUGUGCUACCAACGUACAAAGAACUUCGACAAGCUCUCGUUUUUAUACCUCAUUACCGGCAACCUUGACAAGUUGAGGAAAAUGAUGAAAAUAGCGGAAAUAAGGAAAGAUGUGUCAUCACAAUUCCAAGGAGCUUUACUAUUAGGAGAUGUGGCUGAAAGGAUACGGCUGCUGAAAAAUGCUGGCCAGCUCUCCCUGGCAUAUCUAACAGCGAUCAAUCACAAGCAAACAAAUGAGGCUGAGCAAUUGAAAGUGGCGUUAGAAGCGGCUAAUUUACCAGUACCUAAUAAAAACCCUAAAGCAGUCGUUUUAAGGCCACCUGUACCUGUACAGAAAGCUCAAUCUAACUGGCCGCUGCUAUCUAUAUCUAAGAGCUUCUUCGAAGUAGCGGGUGCUCGGUCGGGUGCUCCGGGGGCUCCAGCGGGGGCUGCGGGCCAGGACGCUAUACAUGAAGAUGAACCUCUUGAAGCGGCAGGUGCUUGGGGAGAUGAUGAUCUGGGAGAUACUAAGGAGGUUGAUGGUGAAGUGGUAAUAGAUCAAGAGGAUGCCUGUGAGGACGGAGGCUGGGACGUUGGAGAUGAAGAUCUGGACCUGCCUGAACUACCGCCUGUUGCUGCCGAAGAAUCAUCAGAGUCUUCAUUCUUCGUUGCUCCGCCCCGCGGCUCGCGAGCACCCGCCGUGUUGAGGACAGCGCACGACCACGUGGCCACAGGAAACAUUGAAGGAGCUAUGAGGUUACUGAACGAGCAAGUCGGUAUUGUGAACUUCGAGCCCUAUUUAGAGAUAUUCCUGUCAAUGUAUUCUACAUCGAGGGUCAUGUUCGCUGGUCUGCCUCAACUACCCCCGCUAGUGACUUCUUUACACAGAAACUGGAAGGAGGCAAGCGGGAAAGACCUCUUACCUGUUAUCACCGCCAAAUUGACGGAUUUAGUGAAUCAACUACAGCAGUGCUACCAACUGACGACUAGCGGCAAGUUCCCGGAGGCGCUCGUCCGUCUGGAGCGCGUGGUGAGGUUGGUGCCACUGCUGGUUGUGGACACGCGCCAGGAACUGGCGGAGGCGCAGCAGCUUCUGGCCAUCAGCAGGGAAUACCUGCUGGGGCUCAGGAUGGAGAGCGCCAGGAAGGCAAUGCCGAAGAACACUCUGGAGGAACAGAUCCGGACGUGCGAGAUGGCGGCCUACUUCACGCACUGCAAGCUGCAGCCCGUGCAUCAGAUCCUGACUCUACGCACGGCGCUCAACAUGUUCUUCAAGCUCAAGAACUACAAGACGGCCGCCUCGUUCGCGAGGAGGCUGCUCGAGCUGGGCCCCAGGCCGGAAGUGGCGCAGCAGGCGAGGAAGAUACUACAGGCGUGCGAGAACACGCCCAGCGACGAACACCGGCUGGCCUACGACGAACACAACCCCUUCAACAUAUGCGGGAUGAGCUACAAGCCGAUAUACAGGGGCAAGCCGGAGGAGCGCUGCCCGCUAUGCGGCGCGAGCUACAUGCCCGAGCACAGGGGCAAGCUGUGCGCCGUGUGCGGCGUGGCGGAGAUCGGGAGGGAGGCGCUGGGGCUGAGGAUCUGCGCGGCCCAGGCGCAGAGAUAA